AAACAGCCCGAUGUCUUCCGCCUUCGCCUCCACCGCCACAGCCGCCAGCGCCGCCGUCCACGUCAGCGACAGCGCCAGCUGUCUCCGCCCGGGUAAUGCGAGUCCACGUGGCGGCGCAGGUUUGGAGGCGGCCGUGGGGGAGUUGCGGGGCGCAUUGCGCACUGGGUGGAGAGCUAGAACUGAGGCUCUCGCAGUAGCCAUGUCUUUUCUUUCUGUGAAAUUUGUGAAUUCUGAUACCACACGCUAACCAAAUCUUCGAGCCACUUUUCCUGUAUUUUAUUUAUAAAAUAAAAUUUGUAAAUGACGAAUAUGCCCUGGACAACAAAACGCACCGUGUCGCAAUCUAUAUAGACGAGAAAACGGUGCUCUUUCCAUUUUCAUUUUCCCUCUAUAAAAUUGGGGGUUUCUAAGCGUGCUCUGUACAUUUUUGCGCCAGAACGAAGGUUUUUGAUUUUGAAACCAUGGUUGAAGAAGCGUCGGCAUCGGUGGGAGAAACCCUACCCCAAAACGCGCUGGAGGCUCAGAGGUCCAACGAGGCCACCAUCACAGAGGGAGCUCAGGGAGGCGCCGAGUCUACUUGCAACAACGACAACGCGGAAGCUUCAGCUGUCACUUCCGAUGGAGAUCGCGAGAAGUCGCUGGAGUUUGCCGACGAGUUGAUGGAGAAGGGUUCCAAGGCCAUCAAAGACUCUGAUUUCGGCGAGGCCACCGAGUGCUUCAGCCGUUCCUUGGAAAUCAGGGUUGCGCAUUAUGGCGAACUUGCUCCUCAGUGUGUCAAUGCAUACUAUAAGUAUGGAUGUGCAUUGCUCUACAAAGCUCAAGAGGAGACUGAUCCCUUGGGUGCUGUACCCAAGAAGGAGGGUGAAUCUCACCAAGGAUCUGCUAAGGUUGGUUCUGUUAAGAAUGUUGUAAAUGGUGAAUCUUCUACAGCUUCUGCUUCAAGUGAUGCUGAGCAGGAUGAAAGUUUGAAUCAUGAGGAAGGAGCAGCUGAUGAGGGUGUUUCUGGGGAAAAAGACCAGGAAGAAGAACAUGAUGAUAGUGAUGUUGAAGACCUGGUUGAAGCAGAUGAAGAUGAGACUGACCUUGAUUUGGCAUGGAAAAUGCUAGAUGUUGCAAGAGCAAUUGUUGAAAAACACUCGGGUGACACAAUGGAGAAGGUGGACAUAUUAUCAACUUUGGCAGAAGUUGCAUUGGAAAGAGAGGACGUUGAAACUUCUCUCAGUGACUACCAGAAAGCACUUUCCAUUUUGGAGCGGUUGGUUGAGCCAGAUAGUCGACGUAUAGCUGAACUAAACUUUCGAAUAUGUUUGUGUUUGGAGAUUGGUUCCAAGCCUGAGGAAGCCAUUCUGUAUUGCCAGAAGGCUAUAUCAAUCUGCAAGUCUCGUGUGCGGAGACUCAUGCUCGAAUCAAGGAGUUUCUCAGAAUCUACGACCUCGUCGGCUGCUUCUGUAUUGGAGCAGGGUGUCACGCUCUCCUCAACUGUGACAGAGUCUGAUAGUACUGUGACAGAUAAGCAGGCAGAGAUUGAAACACUAACUGGACUCUCUGGAGAUCUGGAAAAGAAGCUUGAAGAUCUGCAACAACUGGCCUCAAACCCAAAAUCCAUUCUCGCUGAAAUUCUGGGAUUGGCGUCUGCCAAGGCAAAAGGCACUGAGAAGAGUGAAUCUUCAGCAGGGCAGAGCUCUUCACGGAUGGGAGCUGCUGACAACAUUGGAGGCUUUGACUCCCCAACUGUUUCUACUGCUCAUACGAAUGGAACUUCUGGAGUCACACAUCUCGGUGUGGUAGGAAGAGGAGUAAAGCGAGUAUUGAUGCACUCAGGCACUGCGGAAUCAAGCUCGGCGAAGAAACCUGCUUUGGAUUCAUCUGAAGAUAAGGGAGAGGGCAACACAUGAUGAAGGUUAUGGAUUCCGGUAAUUGUAUGAAUAGGUUUGAGAAAUCUUCGUGGAUUCUAGUAUUCUAUGCAGUGAUUCCUAGUUCAAACUAGUAGGCUAGUAGAGUUUUUGUAUGGUGAUAAAUCUUACUAUCUAGAAAUUGAGAUGAACUCGUCACUGGCAAAGUGUUUAGUUGGAUAUUUUCCAUGCUAUCAAGUCAUGCUAGUUUUGUGUCCAUGAAAUGGUCUGUACAAAUUGAAAGGUAGCAUAAUAUGUUUUCUCAUACUAAUCAUAGUUCUACAAGCACUCCAGAAAGGUCAUCAUAUGCUCUUCCCUUGCGAGGUGCAAGAUGAUUAUUUUGGAGUGUCGAUAGGAGGGAACUCAUUGCACAUGGGGUGGCACCAUAGUGGAAAAGUGAGCCAAGGAAGCUAGUAUUGUAAUAUAGGCAUUAUCAGAUUGGCCAACAAUGAUCUAUCUUUGUA